AGGUUUUCUCUCCUUGCGAGAGCCAGUCUUUACUUCGUUAUCCAGCCUUCGAAUUUCGUAGGAGGCCCAUAAAGAUCGCAUCUUUUCUUAGAAGGAAGAAGCAGCAACAGGAGAAGAUGAGCUACAUGAACAGGGCAUGGAUGGCCGUUGGUGUCGCGGCGGUGCAGGGCCACUCGGACCAGGGCAUGAGGCUGAAGUCCGGCCUGCAAGCGGUCCAGUCGGGGAAGAGGAGGCUCUUCUCCGGACCCGACGCGGCGGAUCUCCGGCCGCUCGCUGGGGCCGUCGGGACGGAGCUCGACGGGACGGCCGCGAGGAGCUGCGGGGACGAGAGGCGGCGGCAGGCCGACGAGUCCCUGAGGAACGUCAUGUACUUCAAUUGCUGGGGUCAGAGCUGAAAUGUUGGAAAUUUUUCAUGGAAGCGAUCUGGUCUGUUUGUGGUGAUGGGGUAAUGAAUAGAAAAGCCCAAAAGAUGAAAAAUCGAAACGGCGAGGCUCUGAGUUGACCCGGGGUUGACCGAGUUUGAGUGGUCGGAAUGUUUGACGGAUGAUGAGAAAAUGAAUCAUUCGAACCUGUUGGGAGUGUGGAUGGGAAGGAUGUAGAUUACAUAACCAAGUGCGGGUUGUGAAUUUGUGGUUGUAAAUUUCUUAAGAAAUGAAAAGACAAAAAAAAAAAAAGGA